GCUUUGUGCUGCACAGAGGUCUCCACGGACUUCUAUAUUACUGAUAGAAAGUCUGGCAUGAGAGCUUUGGUAAAAGCUGGCUCUGGCUGUAAAGUUAUUCCCCUGAUCAUUGAGAGCAAACUAGUCACUACCACAAGAGGAAACAGGGUUCUAUCCACGAACCUGAGAAAAUGGUUAAGGGAAAGAAACUUUCCUGCUGAAGCCCGUCUACUUUGUGUAAAAGAAGGAUAUGUACAGGAAGGGGGCCCUGUGACUGUAAUUGGAAUGCUGCACAGAGAUAACAAUACAGUGAUGAUCCUUCAACCACCAGAGCUCAUAUCUACAGGAUGUCUAUGGCAAAGACUUUUUCUCCCUGUUGAUGUUGAUGGUCUGAUUCUGGGAGUCCCAGAUCAGGCUGGCCCCUUAACCAGCCCAAAUCCAAUGCCAUGUCCUGAAAAUUAAUGGACCAUUGAAAGAAAACAGGAAUUGUUUAGGACUCACAAGAGAUUUUGGCUAAUGAACUCAAUUUCCCAUAGAAUUCUCAUAGGUAAUAGUAAUUUUACUUCAUAAGUAGCUGUAACUAUGGAUUUUCCAGCAGGGUUAUUUUUACCAGAUACUGGGAACUGAUAAAUUCUAACAAAGUUUCACUUGCCCAUAA